CCAGAAGUUUUCUGAAUACGGGAGACUCCUUAAAUCACUGACAGCUGGUGAGGGAAAAGUGUGUUUGUGUUUGAAGCACCAGGAUGUUUCCAAGAUGGCAACGACCACCUCCCAGGAGUGAAGAUUUUUCUUCCCAUUCCCUGCUUCAACGAGUGAAGCCAGUGAAGGAGAAAUCAGGAGACCAGUCUCCAGCCAUGGAAGGAGCAGUGCAGCUUCUCACUCGGGAUGGUCACAGCAUAUCCCACAAUUCAAAGAGGCACUACCAUGAUGCCUUUGUGUGCAUGAAUCGGAUGCGCCAGCGUGGACUUCUGUGUGACAUUGUGCUCCAUGUGGGGACCAAGGAAAUAAAGGGUCAUAAAGUGGUACUUGCAUCAUGCAGCCCUUAUUUCCAUGCCAUGUUUACAAAUGAAAUGAGUGAGAGUCGUCAGACACAUGUAACCUUACACGACAUUGACCCUCAGGCCCUUGAACAGCUGGUUCAGUAUGCCUAUACAGCAGAUAUUGUAGUAGGAGAGGGAAAUGUGCAGACUCUACUCCCUGCUGCCAGCCUUUUACAGCUGAAUGGAGUGAGGGAUGCCUGUUGUAAGUUUCUACUCAGUCAACUGGAUCCUUCCAACUGCCUGGGGAUCCGAGGCUUUGCAGAUACGCACUCCUGCAGCGAUCUCCUUAAGUCUGCACACAAGUAUGUCCUCCAGCAUUUUGUAGAGGUGUCUAAGACUGAAGAAUUCAUGCUGCUACCACUGAAGCAGGUUCUGGAUCUCAUAUCUAGUGAUAGUCUAAAUGUUCCUUCAGAAGAAGAAGUGUACCGAGCAGUGCUAAACUGGGUAAAACACGAUGUGGAUGGCAGAAGACAGCAUGUGCCACGGUUGAUGAAGUGUGUGCGCCUACCAUUGUUGAGCAGAGAUUUCCUAAUGAGCAGUGUGGACACUGAACUUCUUGUGCGUCAUCACUCUGAAUGUAAGGAUCUUCUGAUUGAAGCUCUCAAGUACCAUUUAAUGCCAGAACAACGAGGUGUUCUUGGUAAUAGCCGGACUCGGCCUAGACGCUGUGAGGGUGCCAGCACUGUACUUUUUGCAGUAGGUGGUGGGAGCCUAUUUGCUAUACAUGGUGACUGCGAGGCCUAUGAUACUCGGACUGACCGCUGGCACAUGGUGACUUCUAUGUCAACCAGAAGAGCAAGAGUUGGUGUUGCAGCCAUUGGAAACAAACUAUAUGCUGUGGGAGGGUAUGAUGGUACAUCUGAUCUUGCGACAGUGGAGUCAUAUGAUCCUGUUACCAAUACUUGGCAACCUGAGGUUUCCAUGGGAACACGUCGAAGUUGCCUUGGGGUUGCCGUUCUUCAUGGCCUGCUGUACGCAGCCGGUGGAUAUGACGGUGCUUCUUGUUUAAACAGUGCAGAGCGAUUUGAUCCCCUAACUGGCACGUGGACUUCAAUAGCAGCCAUGAGCACCAGGCGUAGAUAUGUUAGAGUUGCAACACUGGAUGGAAAUCUUUAUGCAGUAGGAGGAUACGACAGUUCUUCCCAUCUAGCCACAGUGGAGAAAUAUGAACCACAGAUAAAUACUUGGACCCCAAUUGCUAACAUGCUGAGUCGCCGGAGCAGUGCUGGAGUUGCUGUGCUGGAGGGAAUGCUCUAUGUCGCAGGAGGAAAUGAUGGGACGAGUUGUCUAAACUCGGUAGAGAGGUACAACCCUAAGGCAAACACAUGGGAGAGUGUGGCCCCAAUGAACAUUAGGAGAAGCACUCAUGACCUUGUAGCAAUGGAUGGAUGGCUUUACGCUGUUGGGGGCAAUGAUGGCAGCUCCAGUCUAAACUCCAUCGAGAAAUACAACCCACGAACCAACAAAUGGGUAGCAGCCUCCUGCAUGUUCACAAGGAGAAGCAGCGUUGGCGUGGCAGUCCUUGAACUCCUCAAUUUCCCACCCCCUUCUUCCCCUACCCUUUCGGUCUCUUCCACCAGCCUCUGACAAAGAAAGAACUUUUUCACAUGCAGAAGAGGCCUGCAUAGAGCUGAACAAGGGAAUCCAGAGAAUUAAGUCACAGGUUAGGCAACUCAACAGGGGUCCUUGUUCCCAGUAUGAGUACUCUGUACAUACAGUAUGACCUCUUCAGUGCUGGAAAGGCCUGAAUUCCAUUGCAUUGAUACCUCUGCUGUUUUGACUUGACAUUUUGAGCCCCAAGUAAUAAGAAAUGGAUUACACGAUCUCAGAGAAAUGGCAGAAUUAAGGACAACUUUACACUUUUAACAGGAUUCUCAAUAUCUUGGCACUUUAGCUAUUAUGAGCUGCAGCUUUUUGCACUCCCCCAUCUGGUGAGAGAUUCUGGUAAUUGUAGUUCACAACGCCUGGAGGGAUACAAGUUUGACAACACUGUUCUGCACUGAGCAAGUCUCAAGCAAGAAAGGGGGCUAACCACUCAAACUGUGACCGUCUUCUGUAUCUCCAUAUGUUUCAGUUUACACCGUGACACAUGAAACUUUCCUCAUUCACAUGGAUACAAAUGAUAGGAUCCCUUUUUAUUUAUUUGCAAUGAGACUAAUCUGUUUAAAUUGGGUGAUUGGAAGGAUAAAUUAGCCCCAUUUGUGAGAUGAAACUGUAAGACAUGUUGUGGUGUUUGGUGCUCCUCCUCACCUGGAUAGACAUGAUAUAUCGGGCACAGUGUUUCUUUUAUCUUGUGUAGCACUGUUACAAGGAACUGGAACUAGGAUGAUUGUGACACAUCAAACCAGACCCUGGCUGUGUUAUUUGAACACCCUUCUGUUUACUCCAUGCUGCUCCAUCGGGUGCUAACAUCAUCAUUCUUGCAAACCCUUUGAUCCUUGAGACAGUUAAGGCACAAUUUGCACGUAACCUUGUAUUCCAGUGCUUCUGAUAAACACUACAACGUAUUCUCAAACCACUGACAGUAUUUGGGUAUUAUCCGGUAGAUUGGGAAAGAAAAUUUUGCACUUUUCUCUAGACUUGCAUUUCCUUGUAAAUUUCUCCAUUGUUUAAAUGUACUUUUUCUUUUGCACUUCUUAUGCACUUUUGACCAGUGGGCAACAUUUUGCAUUACUUUUCUCAAGAGUGAAAUUAUACAAUAUUACUAGGAAGUGUUUACCAUUCGUCGUUAGUUAUUCAUUUUAUUUAUGGAACAUCCCUUCUCUGUAUAGUUGUUAUUUAUACAUAUGAUUAGUUUCAGUGGCCUUAUUGAUUGCCUUGAUAAGGCAUUCUUCCUAUGAAAACCCGCUCCUUUUAUUUAUAGCCAUUCAGUGUUCACUGUGUAAGUUGAGGCAAGCAAUGUGACACUCAUUUGUAUAUUAUUAUGCAGAGAAGGCACACAAUAAGCUAUGCUGUCAUUCUGGUUAUUUUAUAUUCUAAUAAACAGAAUGCAAACCAUACUUACAAAUUUGGUAUAGCUUCUCUUGCAAAUAACUUAUCUUAAUCAUAUGGAAAAAAAAUUAUAAUAUUGUUUAUUCAUUUUCUCUUUCUCAUUUUUUAUAGUUAUUUUGCAUGACCUGGCUGUUGCCGUUUUCUGUUGGUGGCUUUUUAUUAUGUUCUUUGUAUGAUUGUCAUUACCCUAAUAAGGGAUAGAGUGAGUAGAGGACACAAUUCCCAUCCCAGGAUGCACUUCUGUCCUCCCUUUUAUUGUUCGGCAGUGCAUCUCGUGAGUUUUCAGUGCUGACUAAAGAUCACUGCACAAACACAAAGCCAAGCAGCUCUAAAGCGCAAACAUGAACACAUUCUUUCUGGUUCAUCCGAACAGCAGGUUUUGGGUAUGUGUUUGCAAGGAGAGCAGUAAGCCGUGGAUUGCCUUGCAGUGAACCAGGCUAAAAGAACAUUCAUGGGAAAAUAUAAGUUGCUUUUAUUACCCAGUCACAUAUGUGUAUGCAAACAAACACAUAGGGGGUUAUUUACUAAACUCCGAAUGGCAAAACCCCAAAAAAUGUGUGUUUUUUAAGUAUGAAAUCUGAAUUUUUAGUGGGGAAAAACAACACAAAUUUUUCAGAAUUUAUUUUACCCCGAUGAUGGAAAAUAUCCAAAUCUGAACAUCUGGCAUGAAAAAAAAAAACAAAUUUUUCAGAAUUUAUUUUACCCU